AUGGUUAAAACAACUCUUCCCACCGCCGCAUCCCUGCUGAUGCUGGCGACGACCGUCUUUGGUGCGUGCAACACCAUCAGCUACACCAGCUGCGCCGACAAGACCGUCCACUGGUACGAUCCGACGAACGGAGAAGUCUGCGAUCCGCUCGAUUGCGGCGGUGGCCGCGCCCCGGUCAAGUACGACGUCCCCUGCUGUGCAGCAUACACAGGCACAGAGCCCUGCGUCUCCACGACCUCCACUCUCUCUUGUUGGGCACCUUCGUCCGUCUCUGCUUCCUCGACUAUUGCUUCCACUAGCUCUACAGAGACUACAUCUGUUACUGCCUCGGCUGAUACCAGUGUUACAUCUUCUACGGGGGUAGCCGCCAAGACUUCCUCGCUCGAUAAUUCGCAGAGCACCACUGUUGCUUCGACUCCUUCGACUACCGCGGCUCCAACUCAAUCAACGGGCUCGGACACGACUGAAAGUGGUACGGCUACCAGUAGCUCCUCUGCUCAGCCGGUCUCGACCAAUAUUGCGGGGAGCAGUGUUGGUCCAUUGAUGGCAGUCGCUGGUGCUGCUAUUGGUGCUAUUAUUCUGAUCUAA